AUGUUCACCAAUGGAGAUGCAUACACGGCAUGGGUGGAUUAUGAGCUUGGGGAUCCCGGCACCUUUCGAGUGUUCCUGGCGAGCUCACACGAGAAGCCAGAGGAGCCGCUGCUGCUGCAGAAGGGUGUAUCGCUGUGUGCAAUGCUUCAGCCGCGGGUGACGCAGCAGCAGGCGGCGUUCUCGUUUGGGUUUACAGCGUCCACCACUGUGAAGCCCUUCCAGCUGCAUGGCAUCUUCUCCUCCUCUGUGCAAACAGACAAGGCCUCUAUUUUGGGCAAGUGGGGCGCCCCUUCAACCAUGGUCGUGCAGACCAAGGAGCAAGAUGCUUGCUGGGCGUGUGCGGUGGUGGCGAGUGUGGAGGCGGCAUACGGCAUUGCAAAGCAGCAGAGCGCUCCCCAGCUAUCAGUGCCCUCUCUCUUCGCCCUCAUGGGGCUCUCCGACUCCGACAGGUGCACUGCUAGCGGCUCCCCCACCCAGGCCUUUGAGACGCUCGUGGUUCUCGAUGCCUCCAGUGGGCUCACAGGGGCCAGCGACUUGGCAACUAGGUACCCGGUGCAAGCGUUUGAGCGAGCGAAGUUCAAGGGGUAUGUGGGGCUCAUGCUGGCAGUGCAGCGGAAGCCAGUGGUGGUUCACAUCGAGGCAUCUCCAACCUUCAUGCUGUAUGAUGGGACGUUCAAGUAUCAAGAUCCUGGUUGCUACACGAGCAAUCUCAACCAUGUUGUACUCGUUAUUGGCUACUUCAUCACAAGAAACGAUGGCAGCCAGAACCGCAUUGCGCCUCCUUUUUGGAUCAUCCGCAACUCGUGGGGAGAGGAGUGGGGAAAGAGGGGUCACAUGCGCAUGGACAUUCAGGGAGGGGAUGGCGUGUGUGGCAUCAACGUGCUGCCUGGCAUCUACCCCAUUGUCAAGAUUCCAUGCGACCCCUGCGGCCAGAGCAGCUACAAGGGCGAUGGGGAAUCGCAGCCGAGCAUGAACCCGUGUGGUCGCUUCCAGUGCCAGGGGACGACAGACACCACCAACAUCUGCUCCUGCAAUAUUCCGACCACUCCUGUGCAGCCCUUUGUGGAGGUUGAGAAAGGAUACGGCUCCAACACAUGUGCUUAUGUGGACUUGUGUGGGUCAUACUUCAAGAACCCCUGCUACGUGGGAGCAUGCAUCAAUGAUGACAAGGGCACCUACUCCUGCAUCUGCCCUCCUAACCACGUUCCCAGCACCACCAUUGACGGCUUCCCCACCUGCGAUCCAACCAACACCACGGCCACCACAAUGACAGUCAGUGGAGACAACUGGUGGUGCUCGGAUGUUCAUCCCCUCGUCGGCCUCUUACUGACUGACUUCACAGACCAAAACAUUGUGGGUGAAGAUGGGGGCAUUGAUUGCAGCCAGCCAUUGCCCAAGGACAGUGUCCUUCAGGUGGAUGGUACUCCCGCCACACCCUGCACAGCCUUCUUCUACUCCCUCAACGGGGACACCUGUGCGUACAUCAGCAGACAGCUCAACUUCACAGAACCUGAUCUCACCGCACUCAACCCCGGCCUUGACUGCUCCAAUCCCAUCAAAGCUGGCCGCUCCGUGUGCCUCGAGCGCAGUGCUGCCUUCGCAUUCACCGUACCCGAGUGUGUGAGAUACGGCACGCUCACACCCCAAGACACGUGCGUGCGGCUGCUUCAAAUAACGAGCACUUCACCAGGGGGUUCCAGUGCUAGUGAGAAUGCAUGGGCUACUCUGUACCGCAACAAUCCCGGCCUCAUUUGCUCCGCCACCAUCCCUUCCUCUGCCUCUGCUGUCGGCAGCAACAUCGGUGUACAGGCGCCUCAAAAAUUGCAUCCACUGUGCAUCCCUUGUUAG